CUCUUAUAUUAAACCGUACAUUUAUCGAUACUCUGCUCGACCUCCGGUGGAGCGUAGUCGCGCCGAACAAUAUCAAACCGAUACUAUUCUUAAGCCGACUGUUCAUUUCAAGGCCAGAAUGGGUUCCACGCGAAGGGCAACCCUCGAGCAUAUAUACCUUCGCUUUGACCAGGUCAUUGUGAGUGCAUGCACUCUUCCAUGUGAUGACCUUUCUUGCGUUGCGCCCAAAUGUGUUUAAUGCCGGCGUAAUCACUGUAUGGGCCCCAGCAUACCACUGAAGACCUCCUCUCCUCGACUAUUUAUUUUGGCAUCCAACACGAGCUUGUUAGGCUUGUCUGCAGGUAGCCCAAACCCAACCCUGAAGAGACCAUUUGUAAAGCGUAAUAAAACACUAAUUAAAUUUCGGUGUUUUAAAAGAUUGCUUUGGUAUAUUCAGCUUUUGACGCCUACGUUUACAGUAGCAAGUUUGCGAAUUAAUAGAAUAUCCGACGUUAUAGGAACUUUGUGUCCUGGUUAUUUUAACUUUUGUCGAAGACUAGAGGUUAUUAUGGACGUAUAGUACAAGUAUUCUGGGUAUUUAGUACCGUGUUACG